CUGCCAGAAGAAAUUACUCUGUGGUUUGAGAGUUUAAUUACGGAUUUUGUUGUUCCUCUUGCUUACAAUGUAGGCUGAAGGGAUUUAGGAAAACGCUGAUGUUAGUAUUGCUGUAACUAUUCAUUUAUAUUACUUGUGCUAUUCCUGGCUUUGAAAUGACACCAACCAUGUCCUGACAUAAAGGCCUGCAGUAUUUGGUAGAAUAGCUGCUUUUGUCUCUUAAAGAAGUAGGGUAUGCACCUUCUUUUCUCUUAUUGGCAGUGGAGGAUGUCAUUUUAAAGUACUCAUAGUUGGUGGAUGAAAUAAAUAUUGGUGUAUGGUGUGUCUGCUUCGAUGUUGUUCCUGACUGAACCUUGUUCUUACCCUGAAUUCCGAUUACCAGUCAUAGUUGACUGGGCACACCAGGGGUCAGGAAUGGAUUUGAAAGCCAUGACAGCCGAGGUGCUAAGGACGUGUAGAACUCUUGUCGGCAGGACGUGCGUAGGUGGAAGCGAGGUGGUUCAGGCUAAUCUGUCCGACGUUAUCGUGGAGGUGCCGGAGAGUUUCCAGAAUGCACCCAGCUUUGGCCAGACCCCCAAUAGGAACAACAGGAGAGAGGGGAGCCAUAAUGUUGAAAGGGUGCUGUCUGGUAUCAUCGCUCUCAACGUUUUGAUUCUGGCUUGUGCAGUGGUCAGUGGCGGUACCGUCAAUGACAAAGCCAUCGGUACCAUUCACCAACAGAUCUUCUUCAUCCUCCUCGUCAGCCUCAGCACUGUCUGGAUGCUCUUUUACACAGUCUACACAUUCAGGAGACAUGGCGCUGUUCUUCAUAAAGAUGUCCAUGCUUUCCCCGUGUGGCUCAGAGGUGGACUUGUGCUGUUUUGUACCUGCAGUCUUGUAAUGGAUGUAUGUAAGAUUGCCAACUAUGUAGGCUAUCUUCACUGUGACUCAGCUGUCGAGAUAGUCUUCCCUGCAGUCCACACAGUAUUUAUACUUGUUCAGACAUACUUCUUUUGGACUCAUGCCAAGGACUGUGUGCAGCUACAAAGGAACAUAACUCGCUGUGGGUUGAUGUUGACCCUAUCUACCAACCUGGUUUUGUGGAUGUCUGCAGUCACUGAAGAAUCCAUACACCAGGCGGGUCUCCCUAUGGAUACAAACACCACAAAUUCCUCUUCUUACAGCAAUUAUGAGGACGCAUGUCAUUGUAGCCAUUCAGCGUGUAGCAUCUUCAAGAAGGUCUCCUUCUACUUGUACCCCUUCAACAUUGAGUACAGUCUGUCUGCCUCUGCUAUGGCCUACGUCAUGUGGAAGAAUGUGGGCCGUAUGUUGGACGAGCACAGCCCCCACGAGCACCGCUUCCACCUCAAAGACGUGUGUCUGGGACCCGUGGCAGGCAUGGUGCUGUUGGUGGUAGGCCUGGCAACGUUCGUAGUGUACGAGGUGGAUGUGGCGAAAGAGGACCAAGGGAAGAGAGACAUGGCGCUGAUGAUGCACUACCUGAUGAACCUGGUGGCCGUGAGCCUCAUGUCCAUCUGUUCUACGGUCGGCUGCGUCAUCUACAGGCUGGACGAGAGGGACCACGUGUCAGGAAAGAACCCCACACGCAGCCUCGACGUGGUGCUGCUGGUGGGGGCCUCCAUGGGCCAGUUCACCAUCAACUACUUCACCAUUGUGGCUGUGGUAGCGUCUGGUGAAAAAGACUCUCUGAAUGCUUUCAGCCUAGCUUGUUCCUUACUGACUGUGGUCCAGCUUGGCUUGCAGAACUUCUUUAUCAUUGUGGGCCUCCACCGUCAGCCAUUCCACCAGGCUAACCCAGUUUCACAGGACACAAACUUGGUGCUGCUUAACACCAACUCUGACACUCUUCCGGUUGCUAACAUGACUAGAAAUGUAUGUUAUGCCCCUCCUCAGCACAGGCUCACCUGGAAGAGAAAACUGUUAAAGGAGAUAUGUGCCUUCCUGCUACUCGCCAACAUCCUUCUCUGGAUCAUGCCUGCGUUUGGUGCUCGUCCCCAGUUUGACCACACGUUUAGGACUGAGUUCUACAGUUUCACCCUCUGGGCUUCUGUUGUGAAUAUUGGACUCCCAUUUGGAAUAUUUUACAGAAUGCACUCAGUUGCCAGUCUCUUUGAGGUCUUCUUGAACUCAUAAGCUUCUUGAACAAGAACAUUUAUAUUUCAAAAUUUGACAAUACAUGUAAUAUUAUUUGUCCUAUUUCAUUUAUACAAUACUUUAAUAAAAUGUAAAACAUU